AUGUAGCUUCACUCGUUCACCUGCAGACACAGACGGCUAUCAGAACGGUCACACGUCUUCUUAGAGGACGUUACAGGUGAACACGCGCGGUGAGUUACAGCCAGCAAGGAGUCACGCAGUUUUUGCGUGCAUGUCUGUGCUCGUGGACAUUUGUGAGCAGAAACACUUGUUAUUAAAUUAUGCACUUACACUCAGAGUUAGAAAUGAAAUCUUUGUAUUAGAGGGAAGGAGUAUAACAAAUUAUAAAUUAAGCUAAUCUGUACAUUUUAUUCUGCUUUUCUAAUCAAAAAAUGACAAUGCAAGAAAAAUAUCCAAAUAUUAACAAAAAAAGUGAAACCAAACUCCUACUGUCAUCACCCCUCUCCAAAAUCAGUAUUUAAUAUCAGAUAUACACACAUACAUUUGUGCUAACAAGUCAAGAAACAUUUGGAACAUUUUAUAUCCCUCCCCUCUUUUUCAGAUCAUACACAUGUAAUACACGGGCAGCAUGGUGGCACGGUUAGCACUGUUGCCUCACAGCAAGAAGGUCCUGAGUUCAUUUCCACCAUCAGGCCAGGGUCUUUCUGUGUGGAGUUUGCAUGUUCUCCCCGGUUUCUUCCCACAUUCCAAAAGGCAUGCAAUUAGUGGGGAUAGGUUAACUGAAAAUCUGAAUUGCCCAUUGUUUUUAGAAAAUUCUAAAUUGCCCUUAGGUGUGAGUGAAUGUGAGUAUGAAUGUAUAGCCCUGUGACAGACUAGCGACCUGUCCAGGUCGUUACCCUGCCUCUCGCCCUAAGAUAGCUGCCAUAGGCUCCAGCGCCCCCCUGCGACCCUGAAAAGGAAAAGUGUCCUUGUAGUACUUCAUGGUCUUAGGAGCUUGAAAGAGGAUGACUGGACUUCUUGAAGUUGUUUGAAUACACAGGAAACAGACAUUAGCAAUAGUUUGUCAGAGAAACCCGAGAGAAUCUUUUCUAAGAACAUCCUAGUGCACUUCAGACUCAGCCACACCCUUAGACAACAACUGGUUCAUCCCAAGGAUAAAACUCCCAAACACAAGCUAAACGACACGGGGUAUGCCGUGCAGUGAGGAAUGCUUGGACUUCUACAUUGACUGUAGAAACUAGAGAGCCAUUCCCUAUAAACGCAUGGCACAACAUAGAAGAGCCUCCUCAACAGGGCAAGAGUCAGACUUGCAUCUUCAUCUACAGGACAAAAGUCACACCUUCAGAUGGUUUGAAAAUCAGCCCAAAUAAUCACCCCUUCACCCCUGUGCUUUAUAGUUAGCAUGACGUGUUUGGUCUCGCCUGUGCAAAGGACAUUUUACCAGAAGUCUUGUGGUUUGCUCAGAUGUGGCUUUGCAUACAUGCGAUGUGCUGCUGUAUUCUUUAUAGACAGAAGAGUUUUUUAACAUGCUGACUGAGGCCUGUAGAGUCUGAGAUGUGGCUCCUGGGGUGAAUUUUGUUCUGGGAAGAUUAUGGCUUUGUGUUAACACACCUGAAUGCUCCCCUUCAGAGGUGACAGUCUGCUUUAAAGUAGAUGCUCACACUUACUAACGCUUAACUAACCAAAUGCAUUUGAUUAGCAGCACCUGGAAGCAACUGACCAGGGGAGCCACCAUAGGGGUGGGGAGGCACUGGCCUCCCCUGACAAGACUGCCUUAUGUUGGUAAUAACUUUAAUAAAUGUAAGCACAUGAGAGAGGAAGACACCCUACAAUGAACUUGUCAUGGGGUUAGUGUUUCACAGGACUGCAGAGAGCCCAGUGAAAACAUUCUCUUUGCUGUUCAUCAUCUGCUUUUUAAAUGAAUAGUUUAUUAAAUGUGAAUGUUCACUUGUUCUCUUUUAAAUUUAAAGACAGGCGCACAGAGCAGUUGUUUUGGGCUGUAAUUUGUGACCCACCAACUGAAAUGAGUUUGACAGCCCUGCCCUAAUCCAGAGUGAAAUGCAAAAUGAGCUAUUAGUAUGUAUCUAGGGGUGAUUUAGCGUUGCCCUCUCGAUAAUCAUUUCAGACUGAUUUAAACAGAUGUCAGUGAAGUUGACUUAGUGCAGGUCAGCGUGUGUAGAAGAUCACAUGCUGUCUGAUGUCGUACCUGAACCGCAGAACGUAUUUGAGUGUAUUACUGGUGACAAAUUGUCCUCAUGGCUCAUGUGAGUAAUGAGGACUCAUUAUUUGCGAGAGUCACAAGAUGAGAGCGUCCACUACCGGCUGCUCGGGUCUGCUGCUGAGUCAACAUGUUCUCAUCCAGCAGAUUAGCCAGCGAGGGGUUGCUGUCGAGUUAUUACCCUGGACCUAAAUGAGAAGAAGAUACUCGAGUAUUACAGUGUUUUUGUGAACUGCAAAAGCCCCAGCUUACUUUAUGUGAACCAAAAUCUCGGUGAUUUAAGCGAAUGUAGUGAAUCGACCCCUCUUCUUACAAGACUUUGAAUGGUUUUUAGCUCAUUAGACACAAAUUGCAGACCCCGUAUUAAUCUUUUUUUGAAUGCAUACACCUUUGACUUUCAUGUAUUCACUCUGAAUUAUUGCUUCAUGGUUAUGAGGGCAAAGAAGCUUUUAUUUUGAGCAUGUGUUUGAAACACUGAGAGAUGUUAGUGUCUUUGAGAUUCUUAGUUUGUCAACUUUGUGUAGACACCUCAGGACUUUGUAGGUGUUUGGAUAUAAAGCUCACUCUGAUCUGCUGAUGUCUCUGUGUCUCUCCAGCAUCAGGUGAUCUGAUAGGGCUUCAGGAUGUAAAAAACUUCAUCUCAAAGGUUGUGGCUCAAGAAGCAAAGAGAGCAGUAUUUCCCAAUGUUUCCAACAUAAAUAGGUCCUCAUCUGAGUGGACAGAGGCUCUACUUGGAUUUUAAUUGUCUCAUGAAUUCUAAAAAGCUGAGCAGAUUUUAGUAAACUUCUGUAUGUGUAACUCAACACUUGAAACCUCAUGUGUGUCACAGUCCUCUUGUCCUCCUGUGGCAAUUUGCAUCUCUUUCCUCUCUCUGUGUGAGUGUGGGUUUGUCCCUUAACCUGCUUGUGUGUUUCAGAUAUGGCGUUUUUUCCCAUGGUUACUCUGGCUUCACACCUGGAAGCUGUUUCGUUUCGUAUCAUCCGUAAUCAUCCAACUGAUUACCCGCCUGCUAUUUAAGGCUGAAGAUUCCCCUCGGUUGAUGCCAGGUCGAUGUGUAGUUCGGCUCUGCUGUGGACGUCUCCACGCCCGUGUGGUGAAACCGGUGGCGAGAAAAGAAAAGCUGCGGAGGAAAUACCUCUCAAGAUGACUCUAUCUUCAAUAAGCCUGUUAAACCUUUAUUCUGGUGUCCUGCAUUUGAGUCCAGAUCCUUGAAAAAGGCUUGCCACGGCGGGUCGUCUGUCUCCAUCCCACUCUGUCCUCAGUAUCCUGUCACGCCAACCCUCUGCAUGUCCUUCACUACAUCUAUGAAUCUUCUCUUUGGUCUUCCUGUCUUCCUCCUGCCCGGCAGCUCCAUCUCCAUCCCAGUGUCCCUCCCUGUGCUAAAUGAAAUAGUAAAAUAUCACCAUGUGGGCCAUGAGCCAAAGAAUCGGGAGCAUCAAAGAUGACUUGCACCGAAGCCUCCGGGUUUAUUCACAGGAGAGAUGGCACCAUCUACUGAGCAGAGACGGCUGCUGCAGAUACUGUAGUCUCUGGAAUAAGGUGGGCAAGUGCCGAAGUCGCGCAACGAACACGAGACAGGAUGAGAGUGAGAGGGCCUGGCAGAGAAAGAAAAUAGAGUGAAAGGAAAGGAGGAGGAAAUAACGCGGCAGCGCAAGAGAGGAACGUCAAGGAGAAUCUCUGGGAUAAAUAAAUAAAAGAGUUGUUUGGAGAAAAAGGAACUAGAUGAAAAGAUGAAGCCAAUAAAAAAGCGCUCCCCUCCCUCCACCCGGGCUAAAGGAGGAAAGCGGCGAGGAGCGGGGGAUACCCUGGAAGGAGGAGAGAAGAGAGACUCAGAUGAGAACAGAGACAGAAGCAGAUCUCCGCAAAACCGAACUCCCUCCUCCUCGUUAUCUUCUAACUCACAUUCAGAGUCUCCACAGGCAGACGCAUCCAGAACACGGGACUCUUCAGAUGGGGAGGGGCUGUCCGAAGCGACAGUGAUGGGGAAACUGUCAUCGUCCUCCGAUGACAGAUCGGGGAGGUCUGCUGCCAGCAGCGGUGGUGGCAGCAGCCACUGUGACAGCAGCGGCAGCAGUUGUAGUAACAGUAGUACACCAAGCGCCAACAACAGUCCAAACCCCGCCUCCAGCCGGAAAACAGCCACCUUCAAGGCCCGCGUCCCCAAAAAGAAGUACACCUCCGAACACUGCUCAUCUAAUACUGCUGGUAACCAUAGCAACCCUGCAUCUAGCACGCCCCCUCCUUUUUCUCUGAGCCAGGAGUCAGCGGGUCCAGGAAUCGACAUCAGCGUCUCGCAUUCUGACGGAAAUGGUCAGAGUAGGAGCUUGAUGGAUGACUUCCACAGUCGGACCACCAGCAGGGAGGGGUCUCAGGACUCCCCGGGACCACCAACCCUGUCGCUUGGAGGGGAAAAACCUGGAGGAGGCGAAGGAGUGACAGAUGCAGAGCAGGUGUCCCCAAGCCCACUGCCCCGCUGCUCCUCAACAGACACAGCCAGCGAGCACUCGGCUGACCUGGAGGUAGUUGGUGACACACCCCCUCAGAUGUCGACACACAGAACGUCUAGUCUCCCUGACGCACUGUCCGAUGCUCUGGCCAAAGGCCUGAAGAAUCAGCGGAUCCUCGCCCGCCAGCUCAGGAGAAGAAGUGAUGAGGAGGGAGGAAGUGACAGGAGGCACGACUUGGUAUUCCGGGCUGGCGUGGUCCGUAACGUCAGUGGUGAAUAUGGAAGCCUGGAGGUGCAGCUGAAUGGGGAGAAGACGUUAUGUCGCUAUCCAUACCGACAUGACAGCCCCCCAGGGGUGGUGGACAUUAUCCUAGAUGCCCCACCUCCUGGUGUGCAUCCAGUACCUAUAGGCACCCAUGUCUGUGUACCAUUUGGGAACGAGGAGGGCAGCGAGGGCCAAUGGCAAUGGUACCGAGAAGGUGUGGUGACACAGGUAGACCCACACCCUGCGGUGGCUAACCGCUACCGUGUCCUGCUGUCUGAAGAAAGGCCUCACUCUCUAGAUGAUGAAGAAGAUGGUAGGGGUGCUACCCAGGCAGUAUGGGUCUCCAGACAAACACUCCGGCUUCUGGUGCCACCCUGGGACUUGGAUUUGCCUUCUGCUGGCGGACAUGAAGUAGAAGAGGGGGUAAGAGACAAGGAGAGAGAUCGGGAGGAAAGGGAAGAGAUGGAUGUGGAGGUGAGCCGUUUGAGUCGAGGAAUGACCCCGAGCAUGGGAUCAAUGUUAGGGAGAGGAAUGCCCUACCCAGGAAUGGUUCCCAUUUCCUCCACAUCGGGCCACAGCAUCACCUCGCCCGUUACUCCGACUUCAGUCCUCAGCCUGGCUCCUGGGCGAGAGAGGGAAAUCGAGAAGGACUUGGAGUGGGAGUCACAGAGAAACCAUGGAAGAGAGAGGGAAAGAGAGCGAGAAAGGGAAAACAGUAUAAAGCAGCAGCAACAGCAGCAGCAUCACCCAUGUAUGCCCCUCACCCCUGAAGAAGACAUGGAAGUGUCCGGCUUCAACAUGGUCCAAGUGGGGCAGAUUAUAUCUGGGGGCAAGCCUAUGGCAGUUCCCCAACAUCGUCACAUUAUUUCUAAGACCCCGUCUGGCUACCUCAACCCCCAUCCCCACUUGUCUGUGGUGCGAGGCAUCGGGAUUCCCCCUGCUCACAUGACCUUGAAUCCCCACCCCUGUCCUUCACCUGUCCUAUUAGGCCUUGACCCAGCAGCUGCAGCAGCCGCAGCAGCUGGAGCUGUCAUUACCACCCCUCAGCUCCAUCCUCUCCCUCCCAUCACCUCUUCCACUACAUCCUCCUCCAGAGUGGAUAAGACAUCAGGGGGAGGUUCUGCCAGCAGUGGAGCAGGUGGUGGAUCCGGAUCAGGUUCGACAUCCUCCUCCUCGUCACGUUCCCGGACUCCGCUGACAGCUGCCCAGCAAAAAUACAAGAAGGGAGACGUGGUGUGCACACCGACAGGUAUCCGAAAGAAGUUCAACGGGAAGCAGUGGAGGAGACUGUGCUCUCGGGAGGGCUGCUCCAAAGAGUCCCAGCGGCGAGGGUACUGCUCCAGACACCUCUCCAUGAGGACCAAGGAGAUGGAAGCCAGUGGAGGGGGCCGGGAUCGGGGCGGCGCCAGCAGCACAGGGACCCUAACACCAUCUGACCUCCGACUCAGCGGUGGGAGAGCCAGUUCAGAGUUUGACUGGGAUGAGACAUCACGGGAGAGCAGUGAGGCCAGCAGCCGUGGAGGAGACUCUCGCCCCCGCCUCGUCCUUCCCUCGCUGCUCCCCCAGGACCUUUCUCGCUUCGACUUCGAUGAAUGUGAGGCGGCAACUAUGCUCGUCUCUCUCGGGGGCUCUCGUUCUGGCACGCCUUCAUUCUCCCCCAUCUCCAACCAGUCACCCUUUUCACCCACGCCAUCCCCAUCACCUUCUCCGCUCUUCGGUUUCCGCCCUGCCAAUUUCAGCCCCAUCAAUGCUACUGCCUCACUUACCCCACGCCGCCCCCGACAGCUAAGCGGCACUAAGAUGGGUACGCCAGGCGCAGAGAGAGAGCGCCAUCUGUCAGGGAUUGUGCCCACUUUUCAGACCAACCUGACUUUUACAGUCCCGAUGAGCCCCAGCAAGAGGAAGUUCGACUCCCACCCGCCCCCACCGCUACCUGCUGUCCAGGACUACCAGACCAAACCUGAACAACAGCAGCUGGUGGGUGUUGGGGGUGGGGUGGUGGGAGACCCACCCAUGGGCCAUAGCCCUGCUGCCUUCAGAGUGCUCUCCCCCCAGAGUCAACCCACAACACCUUCCUCACUUUCCUUCUCUCGUCCUCGUAGCGCCACCAGCAGGCCACCAUCCUCUGCCGCCUCCACGCCUCCACCCAUGUUAGUCUCUCCAACUCCUCCUUCACCACUUCCCCAGGAGCCGUCCCCACGCCGCAUCGUGCCCCUCCGGGACUCCCCAGUCAUUGUACGCAACCCAGAUGUCCCCUUGGCCAAAUUCUCCGAUGGCCCGUCAGGAAAGAGAGAGAGAAGCAGGUCGAGGGAGCACAGCCAGCACACAGCUCCCCCAGGCCUGCAGGCCCCCGUCCCCAUCAAUGGGGCAGCCACCAACGGGGCAGUUCUCCUCCGCAACCCCACAUCCACGCUCGUCCUUGUCACAUCCAGCUCGUCCUUGACUCCAGCCACAGGGGGCCACGCUUCCCUCUCCAGCCCCUCCACUCCUGGGUCCAUGUCUUCUUCAUCAAGCUCUGUGUUCUCCUCGUCUGGUUCCGGAGGCAGGGAGAGGGAGAGGAAACCCGAAGGGCACCAGGACGCCAGUGGAGGGGCGCUGCCACAGCCGGUAGCCUGUCAUCCCACACCAACAGCCCUGCUGCCCCUCAUACUGCCAGCAGAGUCGCCUCACCCUGCUCCACGCAAGCAAAUCAUCAUGGGACGCCCAGGGACCGUUUGGACCAACGUGGAGCCUCGGUCGGUGCCAGUGUUCCCUUGGCAUUCGCUGGUCCCUUUCCUGGAGCCCAGCCAAUCGGGAGCGGCUGCCCAGCCCGUUGAUGGCCAACAGCUUGUCAAUCAGAGCAAAGAGCCUCGCUGUGCUGUAGCUCUGGUGAGUGACGGGCGGUCAGGUCCUCCAGACCUGGAGAGAGGAUCGCCAUCAUGUCCACCCCCAACGAAUGACAAUCCUCCUACAGACAGGGGUGGGGUGGACAGCGAGAUGGAGAGUGACACCGAUGACCCGUUUUCCCCGGGUUUGGCCAACGAUCCAUCGCCUUCCACUGGAACCAUUAAGAGACGCACACAGUCCCUCAGUGCACUGCCUAAGGACGGAGACAGAAAGAGGGAGAAGGACCACAUCCGCCGUCCCAUGAAUGCCUUCAUGAUCUUCAGUAAACGCCACCGGGCCCUGGUGCACCAGCGACAUCCCAACCAGGACAACCGCACAGUCAGCAAGAUCCUGGGCGAGUGGUGGUACGCUUUAGGGCCCAAUGAAAAGCAGCAGUACCAUGAUCUGGCCUUUCAGGUGAAAGAGGCCCACUUCAGAGCCCACCCAGACUGGAAGUGGUGUAACAAGGACCGCAGAAAGUCUCUGUCAGAGGGCCGGGGUACCCCAAAGGAGCCACGGGAGAGGAGCAUGUCAGAGAGCAUAGAUGCCCACUCAGAGUCCCAGGUGCUGGAAGGGAAGGGGGGAGGCUCGGGAUGGCCGGGGGCAUCGGAGCGUCGAGGAGGGAUGUUUGGGGGGCCGUCUCACCGUCCCCGAGCCUUUUCCCAGAGUGCAGUGCACACCCUGGAGCAGAGGGAGUGGGAGAGAGACCUGGAGAAGGAGGACGGCGCAAGUUUGUUUCGCGGCCGUCCACCGCCUCAGUCGCUGUACCAGGGUGGGGCCAGCGAGGACGUGACUAGCGAUGAGGAACGCAUGGUCAUCUGUGAGGAAGAGGGAGACGAUGAUGUCAUGGAAGAUUCAUGUCCUGAAGGCUCCAUCGACCUCAAGUGUAAAGAGAGGGUGACAGACAGCGAUGAGGAUGAACCAGAUGGACAGCAUGGCUUCCAGCCUGUGGCUCGCUCCUCUCUCCCCUCCUCCUCUCCCUCCAUCAUUCACUCCGACUCCUCCUCGGCUAAAGGGAACGGUGGCGGUAACGGAGGAGGUCCUGAAGACGGGUCAGAGAAGAAGAGAAAGAGAGGCGCAGAUGGAGGAGAGGAUGAGAGCGAGGGAGCCCUAAAGGCAGAGCAAGCGGCAGCGGGUGGAGGAGAAGGAAAUGGAGGAGGUGGGCAGGGUGUCUUCUCUCUCUCCAUCGCCCAGCCUCCUCCACCGCUGGCUCAGCAGAGUUUGACCCCGGUCGGCGUCCGCAUGGCCCCCACGAUGGUGACCAACGUUGUGCGCCCCAUCGCCAGCACGCCCAUCCCCAUCGCCAGCAAGCCGGUGGAAGGAGCCAUCACCCUCAGCACCCUGCCACAGGACAAGAAGGCCACUCUCCUGAUUGGGGGUGGAGGUGCUCAGCAGCUGCCGAUCACAGCAGGGGGUGGGUACCUGUCGUCCUCCUCCCCUGGUCCAGUCAGUGUAACCCCUGUAGGAGGCAGCAGCCUGCUCACUAGCCUAGGUCUGGGACCCGCUCAAGCAGUGGAGCUCCUCUCCCUACACAUCCAAAGCCCCCUACCUGUCCUCCAGCUCCACCCCACUGCUGCCACCACCUCCUCUCUCACACCUCCCGCCUGCCCCACGACCCCGGGACAGGCGCAGUACAUCCUGCCCACCGAGAGCCCCUCCUCCCCUCAUCUCACUCACCAGCAAAUCCUCUCCCUGCCCGCAAAUGCCGCCCUGGCCAAUGGCGUGCACUCAGGGGCGGGAAUCAGAGUCAGCCCCGGGACUAGAGUCCAAACCCAGUCGCCAGUCUUGCAGAGCAAGAUGUUGGUUCCCAUGGCAACAGUGAGAACCGGGUCUACUCCUCCUCAUCCUUCCAUUUCCCUGGUGGCUCCGCCUCUUCCCGUGCAGAACGGCCCUGCGACAGGAAACAAGAUCAUCCAGAUCGCUUCCAUGCCUGUUGUGCAGACCAACGUCCACCCUAGCGGUGCAGCAACAGUACAUCCUGGGAGCCCCUAUCCUGUUUCCGUGGCAACGGUGAUGACUCCCGGUGCUGCGCCCCCACAGACCGUUCUCCUGACCUCUCCACCCACCAGGAUCACGUAUGUUCAGUCAGGUCCAGGUGUCACCACGGCAACGCACCAGCAGGGUCCACAACCCCCUGGUCCUGCAUAUCUCCAGUCUUCUCUGGCAACCCUGGGCUUCACCGCCAUCGCCCCAGCUCCACAAACCCUGGUUCAGCCAGUCGUUGGUCAGCCUCCGCUACUUGCCCCAGCUCAGCCUCUAAGCUGUCAAUCACAGAGCUCUCCGGGACAGACAGCGGGCACCACCGGUCGUCAGGUACUAACUGCCAUCUACCCUGCAUCACCCGUUGCUCUGCCCACUGGUGUGGUCUCAGUGACACCUGUGCCGCCUGCAGGGGCGGCUCCAGCUCAGGACGUGGCGAACCCUCCCUCUCCACUGGCUGUAGGGCUGCAGGGUUCAGCGGUGGCGACCCCUCACCCUGGCAUGGGAACAGAGGUGGAGGUGAAGCACGAGAGCCAGCUGGAUGCUCAGAUUGACGCUCAGGGGUUGUCGAGCUGUGUCACCAGCUCCUCAAUGGGCACCUGUACAAGCAGCAUCAUCGCAGUGAAAAAAGAGGAGGACACCACUUUGCGCAUCAAAGAAGAAAAUUUGAGAGAUGGAUAUGAGAGAGAGAAACAAAGUGAGAUGGACGACGAGCGAGAGAGCUUUGAAAAGAAGCGAGGCAGAGAGACGGAGAGAGAGGAGCUCAGCACGGGCAACAGCAGCAAAGAGGCUGGACCUCGUUCCCCACCUCCACCACCACCCUCAGGUUUGGACCCCCCUCCUCCUCCACCUGCAGAAAGAGAUCCUCCCUCUUCCUCAAAGAAGACCAAGUUUCGGCCCCCGCCACUCAAAAAGACACCUGACUCUCAUGACAAGCUCCUCUCGGAGACGUACUUUGAGGAACGCUUUGCUGAGCUGCCAGAGUUUAACCCAGAGGAGGUCCUUCCCUCGCCCACUCUGCAGAGUCUGGCCACCUCACCGAGAGCAAUCCUGACCAGCUACCGCAAGAAGAGACGCAACUCCACGGACCUUGAGCUGACUGGGGAAGACCCGAGCUCCCCGAGGAGAAAGACUCGUCGCCUGUCCAGCUGCAGCUCAGAGCCCAACACCCCCAAGAGCGCCGCCAAGUGUGAGGGAGACAUCUUUACCUUCGACAGAGCAGGUAUGACGUGUCCGGCACCUACACCCUAUCGAAAGAUGCCGAGAUGGCCUGACGCUGGUCUGAUGGACCUUUCUGUGAAACCAGGUCCAGAAGGCGAGGUUCCCCCGGGAGAAUUGGACAGGGUUUCGUACUCGUCUCUGCGCAGAACACUGGAUCAGCGUCGGGCCCUCGUCAUGCAGCUGUUUCAUGACCAUGGCUUCUUCCCCUCAGCUCAGGCCACAGCUGCCUUCCAGGCACGCUACUCAGACACGUUCCCCAACAAGGUGUGCCUGCAGCUGAAAAUCCGCGAAGUCCGUCAGAAGAUCAUGCAGACGGCCACGCCAGGAGCCCUCGAGCCCGGAGUGUUGGCCGAAGCCAGCCCCGCCUCUUCCCACAGCUCCUCUUUUAAUCAAUCAACCCGGGAGGAUGCAGGGUUGGAACAGCAGGGAGACAAAGGGCGGAGCCCCGAGGAGCCGAAAAGCGAGGGAUCGUAAGCUGGAGAGGGCGACGAAGCGGAAGAAUGGAGGAAAGACAAAGAGGGAGAGAGAGGAGUGCGUUAACCAGUGAGGUCCUAUCUACUGGCGCUAAUCUCCAUCAGACCUGGGCAGAAAUGUGGAAUGUGGUCUCAAAUAAUUCAAACUACUCAAGGCGCUCUUGGAUCAUCUAAUCAGAUCGUUAAAAAAAGAAAAAUAAAUCAAAAAGCCUCAAAUAUGGUCAAAUCACAUGCAAGUCACGAUGAGUCAAGUGCUUCUUGUAUUGUUUUCGCUGUUUAUUUUCCAAGUAUCCAGAAUAUCUUUAGUUAACCCUUUUGCCCGGGUCUGCUCUCAGCACAUUUGUACAGUAGUUUGUAGUUUGACACACAAACUCUGUGGUACACACUCUAUCUCUCUGGCACACACAUGCAUACAGACACACACACCAGCCCUGGUGCAUAUGUAAUCUCCAGCAUGCACAUGAUCCCACAGAAACACACAUACACGCUUAACAAUCAGACUGUUACUCUUGGUUGGCAGCCCCCAGGAGUUGCUACCAAGGACCACGACACACAAAGGCACUUUGUCACUUAUUGUGCAGAUGCAGUUUGCUGUUGCCAGCCAGCCAGCCCUCAGAUGCCAUUGACUUGACCUCUUUCUCGUCCUCCCACUCCUCAGCACAGUGGUCAGGACAUAAAAACACAACCCCAACGACCUCCACUGAUAUUCCACAGCCCCUCGAUGCUGCAAGACAGACAGCACACACACAUACACAGUACACACACACACACGAACGCACGUCCGUACAGCGUGAGUACACAAACACAGUCAAACACCACCACCACCCCCGCCCCUUGGUCUGACCAAGCCAUCGGCCUGCACAGUUUUUAGUGAUUGUAGUGAGAAGAGAAACUGAAAGCAUGAAAUUUUAUUCGCUCCUGAAAAGAAAAACAAAACAAACAAAAAAAAAAAACCAAGAAGGCAGGAGUCGUGAUGUAGUGUGACCAAUCUUUGCACCUUCAGUUUAUUGCCAUUAUGAAAGACUUGAGUCCUUACUGGCGGGAGCUGAUGAUCUAUAUGUCUGUAUGUCUGCCGGGGGUCAUGACCCCCAAAACCUGUGCGAACAGGCACCAUAAAGAGAUUAUGUAAAGAGACUUUUAGGUUGUGAGGCUUUGAAGAAUCAACGUUAAACUCGACACCGACCAGCUCCCAACACAGCACGGAGAAAAAGGGCGGAAGAAGGAGAAACUGGAUGCAAGAUUCAUAUUCCAACGAUGGGAAGACAUGACAGCGGUGAAUACGGACAACAUGACGAGAACCAAACUUCUCUGAAUCCCCCCCCUCCCUCCCCCCAUGGAUAUGAUGUUGCUUUCUCUCAUUAUCGUGGAAAUAACCAGUUUUACUGUGGCCUGUUUUUCUCUCUCGUGGCUCUAUUGUGUUUCUUCUCCAGCAUAAAAAAAUAAUAACAACAACAACAACAACAAAACUCUGGACAAAUAAGGGGACAAAAAUCAGCGUGUGCCCCGUCUCUCCCCUCCCUCCCCUUCCUCUACGAUUUCUCACCAGACACAGAAGCGGGGGAGCAGGGGCGUUUGUCGUUUUGUAAAACGUUGAAAUCAGGUGUUUGCACAAUUUGUGCGGCCCUCUCCGUCUGGGGGCCGCCACAAGUUAAAUCAGGAAAGUAUUGUUUUUAGAGAUUGUUUUAGUAGUUAAAAAAUAAUAACUUGUUCCUUAUGUUAUCAAUCACCCUUUUCCUCCUUCCCUGCUUUCCUCCUCAGCCCUCUCUCUCUCUCUUUCUCCCCCCUUUACUGCUCUCCUCCCUCCGACCCUCAAGUGUUGUCUGAAAGUGCCCUUAAGCACUGGUCCCGGGUCAAGCGCUAUGUAGCUCAGGAUGGUUCUGGUUAGGGUUAGUUCAGGGAAAGCGGAUCCUAGACCAGCACUGGAGGGCAGUCUCCGGAGCCCUCCCCUUGUCCCUCUCUUCUCGACACUUUAUCCUUUCCCAUCAAAUGGUGCAAUAGGACUUUUUUUUUUAAAUGGGUGGGUUAUUUUUUUUUUUUUGGGGGCAAGGCUCUGUGCCAUAGAUAUUAAACCCAGUCAGACAGUGAGAGGGAUGAGCUGUUGUCUAUAAGUAUGGUAUAAAAGAAAACAAAAAAGAAUCACGCAAUUAUUGUUCUUGUUGAAGCGAUAGAAAGUAUAACUUACUAAAAGUCAAAGACAAUUUUUAAAUAGCACUUUUUGGCUCUUUGCUUCUCGAGUGAAGAGUGGGGGUAGUUAUUAUUAUUAUGGGUAUCUCUAUAAUUUCUCUGUAUACAGUUGGAUGUGUGAAAAACAAAUAUAUAUACCGGUAUUUCCAUAUAUGUGCAUUUAGGUCUGUGUUUGGGUGUUGUGUGUAUGUUUUGGCACAUGCAGGUAGCGUGUUAUCACGACCAACCUCUCGUUCUUUCACCACACAGCAACAUUAUCAAUAGUAUAUUUUUCAUUGUAUCUACAUUCUAUAUUCUACUCUAGAGACAGUAUUUUUAUAGUCACCAUGACUAUUUUGUCUGCCAUCUUGACUGUUAUCAAACCCAGUUGAUUCAGGAUAUAUGUGAAAUAUAUAUAUAUAUAUCUAUAUAUAUAGAUAUGUAGAUAUAUAUCUAUAUAUAUAUAUAUAAAUACACGCAGGUAAGAAGAAGACUAUCAAUUCACAUUACUUUGGGGUUAGGGCUGUAAAGUGUCUGUCUGCAUGCAUGUGCAAUCACAUGCACGCGUGCACACACCCACACAGACAUAUGUGCAUACACACACGUAUGCGUGUACACUGUAUGAUUGUGCUUAAAAAUAAACUGUCCUUACUUUGGAGAAGGAAAUUUUAGGAUGAGCGAUGUGAGUGUUAUCUCAUAAGCAGGCAUGUUGACCAUGUGCAAUAUUUCUAAACAACAAAAAAAGACUAAAUAUUGAAAAUAUUAAAGUUCUAACACAACCUC